AUGGCGGCUGAGUUUUGGUUCGGCUUUAUGUUCGUGAGAGAUCCGUUUGAGCGUGCUGUGUCGGCAUAUUACAACAAAGUUAAGAAAGAAAAUUAUUUCAACGGUAGAAAUUGGACCAUUGUUGAAUAUUUUGAGCACUUGAUUAAAAAUGACGUCACAGAUCGCCACUUCAAACCACAGUAUCAAUUAUGCAACCCUUGUUCUCUCAACGUCAGUUAUCUAGGAAGAACCGAGACAAUGAUAUCUGAUAUGGAUGCAAUAAUCAAUCGUCAAACUAGUUUACACAUGAAAAUUCCUUUCGAUCCAAAAGACCAGGUGUCUACGAAUGUAAGCUUGAAAAACACCACAGGAAAAGCAAUGAAUGACAUCUAUCUCCAGUUAGAUCCGAAACUGAUGAAGAAGUUCAUCUGGAAGUACAGACUCGACUAUCUUGCUUUCGGAUACAAUCCAUACAGUUUGCUAUCCAAACUGUCGCCGAAAUGA